AUGACGUCUGGGAAGCUAAAACGACUGUACGACGAACUUCAUCAAGUAGAUGAGGGGACACAUCCGAAAUAUGUGGAAAGGCUCAAGCAGAUUGAAGAAAUCUAUGAAGAACAGAAAGAACGCGAGCAGAUAGCUUACGAGCUAGCUCUCGAAAGAAUAGACUACGAGUAUAAGCGACGGAAACAACAGACCCAAGAUGAGCUCGAGAAGAAGGAGAAGGAAUUAGUUCAAUCGAUGCUAGCCGACAUAGAUGAAAUGGAGAAGCGGAUAGAAUGGGAGUACACGAACAUGGAUGUGUCACGAACAGGAGCAAUUAACGUCAUAGAUAGUACGAAAAAGACGCUGCGAGGCCGUGGUGGGGUGUUAAUCGAACCACCGACGUAUUUCAAUGCAACACCAAAGGCGGCAACUCCUAAUAUUACGCCGGAUACCAGAUACCUUCUCACGGAUUCUCAAAUAGCUGAAGACGUUCGUGCGUUCACAGGAGGCCAAAGCAGUCCUCAGAAGAACCAACGACUUUUCGAAGUGAUCCUUAUCAAGCAGAAACUCACUUAUGAUGGAAAAACAUACAAACAAGGUGAGGAGGUGCACGUGGAGAAUAUCGAAUACGGAAAAUUCCCAGCAAAAAUGGACUGCAUUACGGAUACUGUAGUUUCGUUCAAAUCAACAUUACCUUGGGACACCAGGCAGAUUCAUGCUUCUUACUCCGAUUUGACUGAAGGACGGGUGCAAAUAUCAAAGAAACGAAGCAAUUAG